AUGAAGUCUACUGUCACUCUCUUGGCCAUCACGGCUGCCGUACACGCCUCUCCUCUUCAAAGGCGACAGGACGAGAAUACCCAUGUCUGGGAUAAUGUUGAAACUUUCUGCAAUAAUCAAGCAGUACUUCUCAGGGAUGCCGCGGGCGCUGCCAGCGUUUGGGAAAACACCACCGCUGGCAAUGAGCUCGACAUUUUCAUUGCUCAAAGCUGGGAACAUGAGCUCAACUGGCUACUGAACCUUGAAGACAACGUCGUUGGGGGCGUAAGUGGAGGCCCAACUGUUGGGGGCUGCGGCACUACCGAGGGCGAGUGCCGUCCUCUCGGUGGCAUGAACUGUGAGGACCAGUUCAACAAGUAUGGCACGGACAAGGAUGGCAACGAGCACAUCCUUGGAAAGACGUCUUACUGGAUCUUCCAAGCUGUCGAAGGCAUGCAGGCCAAGUUCAGGUUGCUGAAGGAGAAACUCACCUCCGAGACCAUGGUCGCUGGAUUCUCUAUUCCCACCAUGGUCGAAGAAUUCCAAGGCAACGAAGAUCAGACGUCUGAUGUUUUGAAGUGGCUUGCUGCCGCAAUUGGGUUUGGCGGAACCCUGGGGGGAAAUGUCCCUGUAGCUGGACCUUAUAUAUCGGGCGGCGCUGGCAUCUUGGGUGGCAUCUUUAGUGCCGUGGCUGACAAGACUGCCCCGGAAGACAUCGAUACGUCUACCAUCUCCGGUGCCCUGGUGGAGCUAUUCGACGCCUCCGCAAACCAAAUCGACGCGACUCUCAAACUUGCCGUCGGCAGCGCCAACAGUGUCGACGAUUUCAAAGCUCUGCCCAACCCGAAGCCCAACGACGACUGGUAUAAGUCACCGGUUGCCAAGUUCUUCAGCACAGGAUGGUUCCUCCUUAAUGAGGACAGCAUUGCCGUGGACGAUGCCAUCAAGUCCAUCACCGAGAGCAUCAAGCCCAAGAUUGCAAACAACGUCAUGAAAGCUGCCAAUCUCCGCCUUAUAGCUGACAAGAGGGUUCACAAUCGAGAGGACUGUGGCUAUGCUACCGGCCGACAGUGGAUGGCUCUUCGAGAUGGGGAGGAUUACUGCUUCUACAUCAUGCGCUACAAGCCUUUUGGUGGUAACUGGGGCGAAUCGUGGGAUGAGGCCGAAGAGGAUGUCUACGCGAACAUGGCCAAGUAUAACCUUGGAAAUCGCGAUUCGUACUAUCGUGCCAUCCUCGACUGUGCUCUCAGCGCCGACAAGCAGCUCGUCGUGGAUGACCUGGGUUUUAACGGCAUUCCUGUCUGCUUCUUCGAUCUAGAGGCGUUUUUCAUCGACCACAACGACUCACCCGAGUGUAAUAGCAAUCAGAUCAACAAGAUCUGCCCCCCCGUCAAGGCUACCCCAAUUGCAUAA